AACCUUUUCGUAUUCUUUUUUUUUUUUUUUAAACCUCCAAGUUUUUUAAAAAUUAUUUGUAUCAGAGUUUUGUCAUCCACAUGACCCUGGUUUGUAGAGGUCAGUGUUGUUGCAGCAGUUUAACAGCUGCUACAGUACACCAGCAGGAUUAAGUCUGAAAGUCACGAGACAAAAGGUGGUGUCCACCUGCUUAUGUCAGUCACUGGCAGACCUUUGUUGCUGUCAUGCAGAUGGAUUCUUUUUGUUGGGUUUUGGUUUCACAUCCCUAAAUGAGGAACCGUGGUGCUUCCCUGAAUCGGAGAAAGGCAACACAAGGUCAAGAUGCCCCCAUAGAAACAAUGUUAUUCCAUCUCCAGGUUGGCACUGUGCAGUGCCAGAAACUUCAUUCAAGAGCAACUGAGCUAUUGAUUUUAAACAUAUUAAUGAUGGUGACAAAAUAAUACUGGCUCACAUGAGAGAUCCUCAGAAGGAUUUGUCAGACAGUUUAUAUCUAAGAUUCGGCUUACAGUGCUCUUUGUUCACCAUUUGAUAAUCUAAAUGUAAAAAACAUUUAAACAUCACGUGUUUCAAAUGCAUUCUGCCAUUACCCCCUAUAGAGUAUUUAGUCUUCCUUAAACUUUAGAAAUGCUACAACUCAUGCCUCAUGGUAAUUUGAGAGGUGUGUUAAAAUGUACAAGUUUUAACAGAAGAAAGGCCACUGUACCAGAAUUCCACAUUCUGGCUAAAUGUUAUCCCUUAUACCCUGUUUUCACAACAAGGGUAGAUUUGAUCCUUGUUUAAUGGUAUUUUCUGCCAUUCUUUAACAGUUUGUAACCAUAGUUACAACACAUUUCGUCCAAGCAAGAGAGACAGUCCGCUGAAGCAACUGCAGGGAAAGACAUUAGAAGUGUAGCGUUACCAGUGAUGAAACUCGACAGAGGGUGAAGUUCACUGAUGAACGUGUCUGCAAAAGCCACCUUUUAAACUGCUGUCCGCAUGACAUUCUCUCUGGGACCCGGAUGGAUCUGGGAGAGUGCUCAAAGAUACACGACCUGGCUCUACGGGCAGAUUACGAAAUCGCCUCCAAGGAGAGAGACCUCUUCUUCGAACUUGAUGCUGUGGAUCACCUGGAGUCCUUCAUUGCCGAUUGUGAUAGGAGAACAGAACUGGCCAAAAAACGCCUGGCUGAAACUCAAGAGGAGAUCAGUGCUGAGGUCGCUGCAAAGGCGGAGAAGGUCCACGAGCUGAACGAGGAGAUCGGGAAGCUGUUGGCCAAGUCGGAGCAGCUGGGAGCCGAGGGCAACGUGGACGAAGCGCAGAAGGUCCUACAGGAGGUGGAGAAGGUCCGGAGCAGGAAGAGGGAUGCCGAGGAGGAGUACAGGAACUCCAUGCCUGCCUCCAGCUUCCAGCAGCAGAAGCUUCGCGUGUGCGAAGUGUGUUCUGCCUAUCUCGGUCUCCAUGACAACGACCGCCGACUGGCCGACCAUUUUGGGGGCAAGCUGCACCUCGGCUUCAUUCAGAUCCGUGAGAAGUUGGAACAGCUGAAGAAAAUGGUGGCAGAGAAGCAGGAAAGGCGGAACCAGGAGCGGCUGAAGAGGCGGGAGGAGAGGGAGCGCGAGGAGAGGAUGAGGAAGAGAGGGGAUUCUGCACUGACUGAUACUUCAGCAGAGCUGCAUCGGGGGACUGCUUCAGGGACCAGAUCGCAGAGCAGGGAGCACAGAAGGUCUCGCUCCCGGGAGCGGAGGCGGCGGCGCUCGCGCUCGGCGUCGCGGGAGAAGCGGCGCUCCAGGGAGCGGUCCCGCGAGCGGUCCAGGGACCGGGAGCGACGGCGGCGCCAUCGCAGCCGCUCCCGCAGCAAGGGCCACCGGCACAGCCGAGACCGCAGCCGCGAGCGCAGCCGAGACCGCGGCUCCAAACACAAGUCAUCGCGGGACCGGGAGCGCUCCUCCAGGGACAGGUCGCGGGACCAGGACAGGAAGAAGGGCUCGACAGAGCGGCGGCAGGACGGGGUGAAUGGGAGGAUGGACUCCCGGAGGCUGGAUGACAGGGAGGCUGGGGAGAUCUAAGGGCCUGCACUGUGACACCCUGUUAACACUACACUCGCAUGCAUUACUGCAGUCUGAUACCAUUACACUGUACACUUGCACCCAUCAUUGCAGUUUCUGAUUCUCACAUCCAUCAUUGCAGUUUCUGAUUCUCACAUCCAUUACUGAAGUCCCUGAUUCUCACGUCCAUCGUUGCAUUUCUGAUUCUCACAUCCAUUACUGCAGUCUCCGACUCAUUAUACUGCAGUCACAUCCGUUACUGUAGUCUCUGACCCUUUACUGUACACAUGCAUUACUGCAGUCUUUGAUCCCAUUACUGUACGUUCACACACAUUACUGCAGUCCCUGAUCGCAUUACAUUCACACGUCUCUCUGUCCGCUCCCUCUGCAAGAGUGCAUCAAUCUUGCCCAUUCGGUCCUCCUGUAUCAUGGCUUCUCUUUGGUAUAGAUUUUGGUUCACUCAGUUUGUUCAUUGUGAAUAUUUUCAGGCAGGCUAUUUUUUGCACUGGGAAGGUCCUUUAGACCCAGUACGCAGGUUUUGUUUCUCAUUUUAGCCUUCGUCCAGAGCUCCGACUUCGGAGCACUUUUUCCCAAGCAUGCAUAUAAGUGACAGGAAGCAGAAGUAGAAGAAUUAGUCACAUGAUUGUUUAAGGUUCGGCAAGCAAUGAUAUGAUUCAGUGGCCCAUUUCUUUCAAGCUUGCUUAUGCUGCAGCAGAAACACAACCUCUCUAAGGUAAUCCCCUAUGGAAGCUGCAGGCAACUGGACCUUUUAUUUAUAACUCCGAUAUAUGAAUAGGAUUAAAUGAAUGUGACAUGCUUGAUGUUUAAUAUACUCAUGCAUUGCUCUCUAAUUGCUGGCCCUUUGAUGACAUUGUAUUUGCAUUUUCACCUUUGAUAUUACGGUUAUGCUAAGUUGGUCUUUUAUACACUUGGUGUUGUUCCUGUAGAAUGAGAAGGGUGUCAGUCAUUACAUUUGCAAAACCUUGACCUGGCUGUUUCCCAUUGUUCCCAGCACUGCCAUGUUUUAAAGUGUUAAAAAAGGCCCCUCAAUAUUGUCUCAGUGCAGUGUGCUCCACUUUGCAUAAAGACAUGAAAAUUUCCAGUUUUUUCCCCUGUCGUAUACAACUUUGUGCUGUGGAGUUAUUCAGGUUGGAUAGCAUUUGCAAAGCUAAAAUGGCUGCACUUUCUAACUCCAGCAUUUAAGUCCAGGACAAAGUGCAUUGAAGUUUGUAUGUAAGCUUAUUUCUCCAGUCUCUAGUAACUGAAGACUCAAAUCUGCAGGUGUUUGCCCUGUAGAUAUGAACCGCAAGUGUAUAGUCUGUAGAAAUGGUUGAUGGUCCAGAAAUUGUUAAAGUGCUUGUCAGAAUUGUACAUCAUGUAUUUAAAUGGAACCUUUUAAUUCAUUUUAUUUUCUCACGAUAGAAGUAUAAAUGGAUACUGAGGCCAGAUGUUAUGUUUUGGGUUUGCUUGCUUACAGUGUACAUGUGCUUCUGACACUAUUUCUUUUUUCCUGUAUGUAAUUAACAACUGAACAAAGUGAAAUUCCAGUAUAAUUCAGAUAUGUGGUAAGCUUCGGCUUUACUGUGUUCCUGUGCUGACGUUGCUCCUGUUCUAGAGAAUUAGGGGCUGGGGUUUGCGAGGUGAAGCAUGUUGGGGGAUUUUGUGGAGGUUCAAAUCCUCUAUGAAUGCUUCAACUUCCCUUUGAAUGAUUCCUUUGGUUUAAUGGGGUAAUUUGUUUUCUGGGGUUUUUUUUUUUUUGAAUAUUUCAAUUUUAGUGUAUUUUGAUUGUUCCAGAGGAUGUAUGUGUUUGUAUAUUACUUUGUUUGAAAUUGCAUUUAACCAUAUGUUUGGUUGGAUGUAUUUGCUAUGCAGCCUGAAACCGCUGCUCUCAAGUGGCAUGGCUUCCUAUAUCAACAGGGCUACAUGUGGAGGAAAAAAGUGCCUCCGAGCAUCAACCUCCCUGCAGCACUGAAAAUGGUUUCUGCCUGCGAAAUUCCAAUUUCCGGAAAAAGGAAAUGGGACAAACUUCACUCGUCAAGUCCCCUUAGUCAUUUCAGAUCUAUUGAAAUUGUGGAUUGAUGUCCUCAAAUUGGGUGUAACCAUUGCCAUUUGCGGCCACACAUCUCUGAUCUUUAAUAUCCUUCGUCACAUUCAAAACUGUUUGGGCCAAAUAAAAACAUACUAAAAUUGAAAUAUUAAAAACUCUAUAAAGUGAACUGUCCUUUCGAUGUCAUGAGAAGUGUAUCACCUUUGCCAUGUAAUGUUUAAGGGGUGUCUCUGUAACCUUAAAAGGUUGGUUGUCUUUUGGUUUGGUUGAGAGGCUCUUAGGGUAUCCAUGUUGCAUGUGGUGCAGUACAUUCUCAUUUCAUUAUUUAUUUGAAAUUGUGAAUUUACGGCUGACCUCAAACUAUAUUCCCUCACCCCACCAGCUUGUCAGGUUUAUACAAGGUUUUAUUUUGCUGGGGAAAAAAACUAUGCCAAGACCAAAUUUAAGACAAACCUGUGGAAAGGAUCACUUUGCCUCAAAUAAAAUCUUCUGUUUCUGAA